AUGGCCCAGCGCCUGGGGCUCCUGCUGGUGCUGCUGUGUGUCUGCCCGCCUCACCCCCUGGACGGUGUUCCCUAUGAAGAUGGCGAAUGUGUCUUUCCAUUUUGGUAUAAAAAUAAACUAUUCUACGACUGCAUCAAGUACGGUAUGAGGCACAAGUGGUGCUCCCUGAACAAGACCUUCGAGGGCCACUGGAAGUACUGCUCUGAGACAGACUUCGCGCCCUGCGUGUUUCCCUUCUGGUACGAGCGUUUGAUCUACUGGGAGUGCACCGAUGAUGGCGAUGACUUUGGGAGAAAAUGGUGUUCGCUGACCAAGAAUUACAACAAGGACCAGGCCUGGAAAUACUGCUGA